GACAGGGGGACAGGUGUGUGGGGCUAGGGGCCGACAUGGUUGGGCCACUUUUUGAAUUCGAUGUGAGAGUGACAGGAGAUGAGGCUGAAGUGGCCGGCAGAGCUUUGCAACUCAUUCCACACCCUGUGCCAGGGAUCCUCGGGCCACUGGAACAGCAUGGAGGGGAGACUUCCUGGAGGUGGUGCCGAAGCUGGGCCUUGAAGAGUGAGGGUUUGCCUGAGGGACAGGGAGUAGAACAGACUUUCCAGCAGAGACCAGCAAAUGCAGAGCUCCCAGCAGGAAAGAGCAAGCCAAGUGCUGGAAACUGCCUGCAUGGCCCUACCCAGGCCAGCAGUAGCGUAGCCUUGGCCUGCGUCCGUGGAGAUGCGUGUACACUCGAGUCUGCAUUCUUGAUUUCUGCAGUGGUUCAGAAGCACAGCUGGGGUCAAGAGGCACCAGCAGUGUUGGCAGGAAGUCCAGGAGGCUCUGGGGCCUGGCUGUGAAGGGCCUGGCAUGGCUGCGGUUCCAGGGGAGUCUGUGUCUAGCCUGUGGGCAUAAGCAGUGGAAACCUUUGGCUCUGGCCCUGAACACCUUAAAACUACACGUAGGGGUUUAACAAAUGGCUAUAAAAUGGGCAAGGGCUGUAAGGCAUACAUCAGUAACAAGGUUGGAAACCACCUGUUGCCCAUCAGUCUUGAGUAAAAUUUGACCUGCCCCCAUCGUGGAAAACUGGGCAGCUGCAGAAAAGGAUGAGGGUGCUUUUGUAUACCGUAUGGACCAGUCUGCAGGACAGUAAGUAAAUAGCAGAGUUGAAAGCAGUGUAUGUAGCUGCAUGUAUAGCACACCCUCUUAGGGAAAGAGGAUGAGGGCAAGAAUGGAGUGUCUCCAGGGAGAAGUCUGAGAUGCCUGGGGAAGAAUUCACUAGAACAGAUAGGUGCACUGAUUGCCUUGGGGGAAGGGACCCGGUACUCAGCAGACUGUGAGGAGACAGGCUCUUCAUUAUAGAUGCCUUUGUAUGUUUUAAAGCUCCAUUUACAAAAGAAUUAAGCUUUUACAAUGUAAUUGAUUCACAAGAGUCAAAGCCACACAAUUGCUCAAUGUUUAUGGCUAGAAGCCAGCUGCCAGCCACAUCCCACCCCCCAGGGUGGUGGCUCCCAGCUCUCUGGGCUGCUCCCUUGUGUCACUUUUGAGCAGCCUCCACUCCAGCAGGGGAGACUGAGGACUUGAGAGGUUGAACCUGCCCCUGUUUCCUGCCUGGGUGAUGAGAGGUGCCCCGUCACACCAAAGUGAUUUGAAACAGACUUCUGUAUGAGUGCAGGGAUAUCCUUUUGGACAAAGGAAAACAAAAAUUCAGUGACUAUCUUAAAAUUGUUUAUAUGCAUGUGCUGAUUUUAUUUUUUCCUGCUUAACUGGAAACUGCUUUUCGUGGUUCUCCAUUCCAGGAGGGGCACGUGGUUGGUGUGGAUUUUCUUAGGACUUUCCCAGUCACGUCCUUAAGGAAUAUUUGUUGCCUAAAAAUCCAUUACCAAAGCGAGGUCUGGAAUAAAGAGUCCCACAAUAAAGGGGGCUGUAGUUGGUAAUCCAGAAUAGUAGCUGGGUUACGAGUCACUUAGGUCUAAGAGAAGCGAACAGGACUUACAGCAGGAGUGAAGUAAUCACAGCCGUCUCAAGACCGAUAGACUGAGACUGAGAUCACAGAGACUUAGCAGAACUGGCAUCUCCGCGUGAGGGGUUAGGAAUGCUUGGGUCCACGGCUGGGCUGGCUUUUGUUCUCCCGCCGCUACAGGUUCAUAGAACUGGCUUAAUUAACACUUGGGUUACGUUGCAUUUACACUGUGUUUGGACUAUAGCAGUUUAUUGAGGUGGAAAAACUUACCACUGACCCUAGUUUUUCGACGUAGGGAUCAGAAGCCCUAGGUUCUGUCUGGCGGGGCAGAGCUGGGGGUGCAGCGGGAGCGGGCGAGCGCUGGGCCCUGGGACUGCUGCGCUGUGGGCUUCCUGUCUGUGGGUUUAUCAGUCACACCCUUUACUGCCAUAGGUGUUUCCAAACAGGACAUUCGUGAGCAGAUUUGGGACUACAUGGAGGCACGAAAUCUAGCUGAUUUCCCCCGGCCUGUUCAUCACAGGAUUCCCAACUUCAAGGGUGCUUCUCGGGCCGCUGAGCAUUUCCCACGUUUGCAGGCGUUCAAAAUGGCCAGAACCAUUAAAGUCAACCCUGACGCACCCCAGAAAAAUGCCCGCUUCUUCGUCCUCAACAGCAAAAAAACAUUGUUGGUUCCAACACCACGACUGAGAACGGGGUUGUUUAAUAAGAUCACACCACCCCCCGGGGCAACUAAAGACAUCUUGAGAAAAUGUGCCACCUCUCAGGGUGUGAGGAACUACAGCACUCCCGUGGGCUUGGAUUCCAGGGUCCUUGUGGACUUAGUGGUCGUGGGGUCCGUGGCUGUUUCUGAAAAAGGCUGGAGAAUUGGGAAGGGAGAAGGCUAUGCCGACCUUGAAUACGCCAUGAUGGUGUCGAUGGGAGCGGUCAGCCAGGGGACGCCAGUGGUCACCAUCGUCCACGACUGCCAGGUUGUCGACAUACCUGAAACACUCCUUGAGGAUCACGACCUCACCGUGGACUAUAUUCUCACUCCAACUCGAGUCAUCACCACGGGGUGUGAGCGCCCCAAGCCAACAGGAAUCGUGUGGUCCAAGAUCAGCUGUGAGAUGAUGGGGAAAAUGCCAGUCCUCAGAAGCCUGCGCUGCCGAGAGGAGCAGGCCGGGAAGGACGUCACCCUUCGGGGGACACACCGGGGCCUGCCGCGUGCCCGGGCCGCCCUGAGCACCGUCAGAAGCCCGCAGGAGCUGCCCUCGCUGGAAUCGGGCUCCUGGCAGGGGGACGAUGUGCCUUCCAGCACUGUUUACGUUGGGAACCUCCCCCGGGACGCCCGGGUGAGUGAGCUGAAGCGAGCCCUCAGCGCACGGGGCGCGGCGCCCUCACGGCUCACUUGGCAGGGGCCGCAGCGCGGGGCCUUCCUCCACUACCGGGACCCGGCCGAGGCCUGGCAGGCCAUCUCCCGCUUGCAGGGCUUCUGUCUGGGCGCCAACACAGUGAGGGUGGCGCUGGCCAGGCAUCAGGGGGCCAGUGGCCCGGCGGGCGGCCGCACUGGAGAGCCGCACCCUGACCCGUGACGACAUCCCGCUCCAGCCCCGGCGAGCUUCAGGACCCGGCACAGCGGGAUGUGGUGGAGCUGUGCUGCACGAGCUGCCUUGAGUUCAGUCCUCUCCCGGAAGUCAGAGCUUCAGCUGCUGCCUGGUGUCUCCUGAGGAGCAGGGAAGUCAACCGUAAUAUGCUUCCCAUCUUCUGAAGGCAGAAAGGUCCAUGUUCAGGCUUUGGCUUAUCCUGGGCCUUCAGCCUGCUGGGUGUCUCAGCCCUGCUGGUGUCUUGGUUUAGGGGACCGAGUGGGCAAUAAACAAGUUGGAGUGAAUGCUGACUGCAGUUUAGGGGAGUCUGUGUUUUGAACUUGAGAGGCGUGGGAGAUUAAGAGAAGGUGGACAGAGGACCAGCUGCAGAGGCGUGGCGGCUCAGAACAAGAAGAUACCCUUGUGUUCCUGGCUCCUUGGCCUGGCACUGCUAGAAGGGAAAAGAUGCGCUCAGCUUGCAGAAGCCAGGUGGUUCAGUCCCCUGGGUACAGACUGCUUGUCACACCUCAGUCCUGGUGUCGGAGAUGGAGGCCAAUCUGACGUGGACCCUCGGCUGUGUGGUCUCACCUCUGUCCCCUCCUUACCUUUCCAGCCAGGCUCCUCCCCCGGGGUGAACACCUCUGCUCUCGGCCAGCUGCCCCUGAACAGCAGGGAGCCUGUGUCUAGGAAAUCCUGGCUGUCAGUGAGUUGUCCCAGCCGACGUCACGGACAAGGCCAGACACAUGCUCACACACUCAUGUGUCCACUGUCGUAUGUUUUCUGUCCCUCCAUUUCUCUGUUCCUGGAAAUCAAGCUGGAUUUUGGCCGAACUGUGCUUUCUAAACGGAAGUGCUUUUGCGGUGAUCCUGGGUGAAAAGUCAAGAUGAGCAUUUAAGUGGAGAUUUCAUUUUUUUUUUCAAAUGUAUAUGCACGGGGCAUUUUUAUUUUUCCACCAGAGGGUCUUACUGAGCAUGUUUUAAACCCAUUAUUAUGCCUCAAGGGGCGGGCCUUGCCUGCACUUUGAAGAUAAGGUUCUCAAGGCUCUCAGUCUCCCUUUGAAAAAGCAUUUUCUCAUUGGUUUUACAGUGAAAAUGCGGUGGAGACUUUGGAAAGAGAAUUGAUCCUUAGAUUUGCUCGGUUAAAUGCAGACUCCACAUUGACAUGAGCAAAACCAGGGGGUAGAAUAUCUUAACACAGGGCAGUCCAGGCCGUAGGGCCUCUGGGCUCACUCUUUCUCUGCCCAACCCCUGUCCCUUGGCUGGUUUCGUUUUGUCACUUGUGUUCAGCUUGGCCAUCCCAGGCUGACUGACCGCCCAGUCCAGAGUAGCGACCUGAUAUCUGAACUCCUUGCUCCGUUCCGGUUGGUUUUCCCGUUUUUUCCAGAAUGCCUCCUGUCUUUGGCAUGUUCUUGUUCAGUUUUGGUUGAUGUUUCUAUCCUUGACUUGCUACCGUUGGAGUAGUGCUACAGGAGGGCAGGAAGUGAGUCUGUCCCUGCCUUUACUCCCCACUGUGCCCCAGCCCCAGCCGUGAGAACCACCUGCUGAUACAGAGCAACUCAGGAGCAAUGCAAAUGGGAAGGGCUCCGUCAGAGCCAAGGGGGAGGCUGGGUCCGGGCCUCAGCCCUGGGGGCCGGUGUCUGGUGAGUCUGGCGCCAGCACCUUAGACUGUUGAGUUGUGCCCAUCAGGGAUGAUCCCUCCGGGUUGAGCCAGAGUGCUGGGUUUUCUGUCACUUUCAGCUGAAAUAAUCCAGAUGUAUUGAUACACAGAUGAUCUGAAUGCAUUCAUCAUUUUUUUAUAUUUGUGGACAGUAGGUUAGUAUGAGGGAAACUAGGACCAAGGGCCUGAAAUAUAAGCCCUCCAGAUGUGUCACCUGCGCGCCUCCCCUCCAUUCGCCUCGGGCAGCCCCAGAGCCGCAGUUCUCAGCGCCGCCAGGAGGGGCCCUCAGGGACCCUGCUUUUCGUUCUCAGAGUUCUUGAGUAUUUGUCAGCAUCAUAAUUGUAUAGUUCGCAUAUUAGAAAGUAAUGGAAACUGAGCGCUUGACAAGUUGCUGAGACUGUAUGAACCCCUUUUAAGUGGAUUCGUCACGAUUCGUGGGUCGCGUCUUGUGUUUUCCUGAGUGGCGCUGCAGUUUUGCUUGCAGAUGCGAGGAGAUUCCUGCCACCCUCAACUCUGCAUGGCGAGCGCUGGCCCUGGGGCUUCACUGUGUCUGCUGACGGUUCCUAUGUUGUCGGCAAGUCAUGGAGCCUCUCCGGGCAUUGGCGUCCUCAUCUUUACAAAGAGAGGGUUGAGCAUGUUUGUUUCUAAGGCCUGAACGGUUGUAACGUUCUGUUUCUUUUAAGGCUCACUGCUCACCGUCACUUAGAUUUUUUCUGUUUAUAAAAGUAAACUUAUCCAUUCUGGAAAUUUGGGGAUAUCAGAAGUACAAAGAGUGUCACCCCUCACUCCACCACUUAAGCAGCCUUGACACUGCCUCUUUUUUACGUCCAGUCUCUCCUCUGUGCAGUUGUAAAACGUAGCUAGGAUUAACAGCAUGAGCUUCAGAAUCACACAGGUUCGGCCGAGAGCAUCAGUGUUGCUGCUGCCUGGUACCUCCUGUCUGAACUUCCACGUGCUCAACUGUGAGUGGGCACAGGGAUAGGACCUCCUCUAGGUUUGUUGUUUUGAAGGGUGAAUAAAGCAGCUUGGAUUUACUUCUAAGUCAUACCACACGUAAAAGUAAAUUCCAGGCUAAUUAAAUAUCUAAACAUAAAAAUGAAGGAAUUUGGAAAUAAUAAAAGAAUGUUUUCUAAUGUUGGGUUAGUAAAGGAUGGGCGGGGCCCUGAAUUUAAGGAGGAACUUAUUCCUGGUCCUCUCCUGGAAUGUCAGGGUUUGGUGGGUAUGGAAUCCAAACGAGCUGUCCAGGAUGAGCUGUCUGCGGGAUGCUUCUCCAAGCGACGGCAUUCACCAGUGUUUUUAAGCAUCGAAAUUUCUGUGUGUUCUUUUCUAAAAUUUGUCACUAUGCAUAAAUGAUUUUAUUUAGUAUUACUUAAGUCGUUUGGGGAAUGUUAAGAUAAAUAAGCUUUACAACAUGUGUCUCCUACUUCUAAAAUCGGCCUCUGGACUGGGUGACUGUUACAAAUGGAAACAGCUGCUCUCAGAAAGUGCAAUGGGCUUGUUCAGGGCUCCAGACCCAGGCAGAGGUAAAGCGGGUACUUGGACCCUGGCCUCUGCCCUAGGAACCCUGCCGGCUUCUCUGCAUUACGGUUGGCCCUCAACACCUGCGGGUUCUGCACCAACCGUGGGUUCACCCAACUGCAAAUACUGAGUCCUGGAUGUGGAACCCAUGGAUGUGGAGGGCCGACUGUAUUACACAACUGGAUAUAAGCGACUUGAGCAUCGGCGGAUUUUGGUAUCUACGGAGGCUCCUGGAAACAGUCCCCCACAGAUACCAAGGGUUGACUGUACUUCCUCUACCAGCAGAGGAGCAGGGAUAGCGCUGUUCACACCCCACCCUCCCCAACCCAGCCAGCAGCCCCUAAGCGGCCAGGGCGUGUGGGAGCCAGCCCUCCUAGACUCUUAGGGGAGGGGUUCUGUAGGUCUGCCCUCCCAUUGUCCUUCGGCCAUCAUUUGGCCUUCCUGGUUCCCAUCCAGCGACGCACACAGACCUCCCCCAGAUGCCGCAUGAGGAGAAAGAAACACGAUGACACAAGACUGCAAAUAGAAAAGGCUGAGAAUAAAACUACCCAAGAAAAGAGAGCCCGUGUAGCUAAAACCACAAAAGAGUUUAUGUUUGGUGAAGAGAUAUUGGCGAGAAGAUAAAAUGUCAGAUGAGAGCAACAUUUAAAAAGAAACAGUAAUCGGGUCCAGGGAUGGUAAACAUGAGGCAAAUCCAGCUCUCCGUCCACACCCACACCCACAGCAGACAUCAACAAUCCAUCCCAGCGCCCUUCCUGGCCAAGCCUGAGAAGGCUUUGCCCUGGAUUUUAAGGAACUGGGGCCAGACGAUCGCUAUGAGGUGAAGCUUUCUGCCUUUUUGCCGGAGGAGCAAAACUGAGGAUCCUUCCCUUCACCUCGUUUUCCUGGGGAGCAUUGCCACCUCUCACCACCUGCCUCCCCCCCAUAGGCUCCCAGGAAGCACCUGGCUUGCAGAGGACUCUUCCAAAACUUCACUUCUGCCUCUCACACCCCCUGCACUCAGCAGAAAGAGCUGAAUGGGUAUUGCUAACCGCACUUCCCCUGUAUCUGGAUCUAACCCCAACCAAUGUUCCAAAUACAGUAGAUACUGUGGACUCUCUA